GAUUUGACUUCAAUAUCGCUGUGAAACUUUUUAUUUAUCAAUUAGUCGAUCGUUUAAGUCACACCAGCUAAACAAAAUAACCCGACGUUCAAUUUAUUUAUCGCAUCCGUUUAACUAGCAUAAUUUGCAGUUUUGAAGAUUAAUCAUUAAAGAGUGCGAUUUUUGUCUGGCCGUGGCACCAAUACUGGACUCGAUCCUGAAGAAUGACAAACUAAAGGACUACACGUAUGUGUUUGCAAGUGUUCUAUGUAUUCUGGAUGCCAUCAUGAGUCCCAGAGUGUGUGUCAUGGGGGUGCAGGAGUGGGGACCCACAGUCGUUUAUCUGGCGGAGAAUUACGUGCUGACACCACAGGAGGUGUGUGGACUCAUUUACGGAAACAGCUGUGCCACGCCCACCGUCCCCACCCCCACCUGGACUCUCAACUUCCCCCCCACGCCCCGCCCACAAUACCUGCCACCCACUCAGCCCCCCGCAGUGAAAGUCGUUUAUCUGGCGGAGAAUUACGUGCUGACACCACAGGAGGUGUGUGGACUCAUUUACGGAAACAGCUGUGCCACGCCCACCGUCCCCACCCCCACCCCCACCUGGACUCUCAACUUCCCCCCCACGCCCCGCCCACAAUACCUGCCACCCACUCAGCCCCCCGCAGUGAAAGUCGUUUAUCUGGCGGAGAAUUACGUGCUGACACCACAGGAGGUGUGUGGACUCAUUUACGGAAACAGCUGUGCCACGCCCACCGUCCCCACCCCCACCUGGACUCUCAACUUCCCCCCCACGCCCCGCCCACAAUACCUGCCACCCACUCAGCCCCCCGCAGGUACUGAGAUGCACAAAGUGUUGCACUUGACAGACAUUCACUUGGACAGGCUGUACUCGGAGGGGUCUAAUGCACACUGCGAGGAGCCCAUGUGUUGCAGAGACAUAGACGGGGAACCCAUCUCCUACUUCUACGUGGCCGGCAAAUACGGCAGCCUCGCUUAUUGCGACUCCCCAAAAGUGACUCUGGAGAACUUAUUGGCUAAGUUGUCCAAGGAGCAGUUCGAUUACAUUCUGGUGACGGGAGACCUGCCUGCCCACGAUGUGUGGAAUCAAACCAUCGAAGAGAACCUCGCAAUCACCAAAUUCGUCAACUCUCUCCUGAAAAAGUACUUUGGCAACUCUACUCUGUUGCAAGCAGUGGGCAACCACGAGUCCUGUCCAGUGGACUUGUUCGUGCCAGACUACAUGGACCCAGAGAAAAAGCCACACCCUAUGGCAUGGCUAUACAACACGUUGGUGGAUGAGUGGUCCUGGUGGCUUCCCAACUCCACUUUCGACUCCAUCAGAAAGGGGGGCUACUGGGCGUGGGAGUUCAUGCCUGGACUGAAGGUGGUGUCCCUGAAUGGAGCGUAUGGACAGACUGGUGACUGGUACUCCAUCGUGAACAACUCCGAUUUCAGCGGCAUGCUACAAUGGACCAUCGAUGAGCUGCAGGACUGUGAGGACAGGGGCAUCAAGGCAUGGCUGAUCAGUCACCACAGAGAGUUCAGUCUGCCCUACUACACAAACCAGGUCGACAAGAUUAUGCAGCGAUACGUGAACACAAUCAGGGGCUGGUUUAAUGGACACACUCACACAGAUGACCUGACAGUGUACUACGACAACAGCAGCACAGAAGCAGCCCCCACCCCUGUUCUGACGGCCUUCACCGCCCCCAGUGUGACCACUUACUCCAACUCUAACAUGGGCUACAGAGUGUACUAUGUGGACUCGAAGAGAGAAAACGCCACCUUCUUCGUCGCAGAUCACACCACUUACUAUCUCAAUGUCACCAAAGCCAAGUUGACAGGACAAGUGGUGUGGGAGGAGGAGUACAAUCUGAAGGAGGCAUACAACAUGACAGGGGCACUGCCCUCCGACUUCGAUGACCUCCUGACCCGAAUGACAACGACGCCUCUUCUGGCCCAGAACUACCUGUACUUUGGGCACAAGAAGGCCCACAAUGUGACGUGCGACCUAGCAUGUGCCCAGGAUCAAGCUAGCAGUCUAAAGCACACUUACCUGCCGGAUCCACCCACACACUGAAAAGAAAAGAAAAGAAAAGAAAAGAAAA